AUGCAAUUCCUCCCUAUCACGAUCGCCCUCGCCACCAGCCUCGUCGGCGCCCUCGACUCCAGCGACUCCAGUGAUGAUCACCAUGGUCCCGUCUGCAAACCGAAAGUCCCCGACUUCUCCCAGGUCCCCGCGUGCGCCGUUCCCUGCAUAGUCGGCUCCGCCGACGCAUCCACCCCCUGUGCGACCAUCCCUCCCGACUACAAGUGCUGGUGCACGCCGGGCAACUUUGCGGCCAUUAUCCAAGCUGGCACUGCCUGUGUGGUGGCAUCGUGUGGGGAGGAUGUUGCUAAUAAAACCGAAGAGAACCGUGAUGGCUACCGUUGGCGACGAGGCCUGAUAAGAUAA